AUGGCUCCUCCGGCCAUUAGAGUCCCGAGGAAGAGCGAGAGUGGUCCCAUGGCUACUCUCGCCACACCAACAGCAACCCAGUGGGCGACGACGACUCUCAAGGUUGGCGGCAUGACAUGCGGCGCAUGCACUUCAGCAGUAGAAUCAGGCUUCAGAGGUGUAGAGGGCGUAGGAAGCGUCUCUGUCGCUCUGGUCAUGGAGCGAGCAGUAGUAAUGCACAACCCCGAAGUCAUCUCUGCCGAGCAAAUCGCCGAGAUUAUUGAAGACCGAGGAUUCGACGCCGAAGUACUUUCCACCGAUCUUCCCUCACCAAUGUUCCCAGCGAAGCAAGACCUGUUUGAUGCCGAGGAGGACAGCGGACUGAUGACAACCACAGUCGCCAUAGAGGGAAUGACGUGCGGCGCGUGCACAUCAGCUGUUGAAGGAGGGUUCAAAGACGUGCCGGGUGUAAAGAACUUUAGCAUAUCCUUGCUCUCCGAAAGGGCUGUCAUUGAGCAUGACCCGACACUGCUCAGCGCCGAGAAAAUCGCGGAAAUCAUCGAGGACCGGGGCUUUGGCGCUGAGAUUGUGGACAGCGAAAGCGCACAAGAAAAGCCCAGAGCUAGCAGCAAUCCCACGAGCUCUGUCGCCACUACAACAGUUGCAAUUGAGGGCAUGACCUGCGGCGCCUGUACGUCUGCGGUUGAGGGCGGCUUCAAGGAGGUGGAGGGUGUUUUGCGUUUCAACAUCAGCUUGUUGGCCGAGCGCGCCGUCAUUACCCACGACACAACAAAACUUCCGGCGGAAAAGAUCGCCGAGAUCAUUGAGGACCGGGGCUUCGGUGCUGAGAUUCUGUCGACGGCUUUCGAGACUUCUGCCAAUGGAUCAGGAGGAAACUCUACCGCCCAGUUCAAGAUUUACGGCAACCCAGAUGCCACAGCCGCCAUGGCCCUGGAGGCAAAGCUGCUUACCAUCACCGGUAUCAACUCUGCCAAGCUCAGCCUGGCUACCUCCAGAUUGACGGUCACGCACCAGGCCAGCUUGAUCGGCCUGCGUGGAAUUGUCGAGGCUGUCGAAGCCGAGGGCCUCAACGCACUCGUGUCCGACAACGACGACAACAACGCCCAGCUCGAGUCUUUGGCUAAGACUAGAGAGAUCAACGAGUGGCGGAGAGCCUUCAAGUUGUCUCUGUCAUUCGCUAUCCCCGUAUUUUUUAUCAGUAUGAUUUUGCCCAUGUGCUUCCCAAGCCUAGACUUUGGCAGCUGGGAGCUUCUCCCCGGCAUCUUCGUUGGCGAUUUGGUCUGUUUGGCCCUCACGAUACCCGUCCAAUUUGGCAUUGGAAAGCGUUUCUAUAUUUCAGGUUGGAAAUCCAUCAAGCACGGGUCACCGACCAUGGACGUUCUCGUCAUCCUUGGCACCUCCUGCGCCUUCUUCUUCAGCAUCAUGGCCAUGCUCGUCUCGUUCCUCUUCCCGCCGCACACGAGACCCGCGACCAUCUUCGAUACUAGUACCAUGUUGAUCACCUUUGUUACCCUCGGCAGAUUCUUGGAGAACCGCGCCAAGGGUCAGACUUCCAAGGCCCUCUCCCGUCUUAUGUCUCUCGCACCGUCCAUGGCUACCAUUUACGCUGACCCGAUCGCCGCCGAAAAGGCUGCUGAGGGUUGGGAAAACUCGACUGUUUCCGGCGAACCCAAGACACCCAACCGCGAUGGCCAUGCUGCAGAGGAGAAGGUCAUUCCCACCGAACUGCUCCAGGUUGGCGACGUUGUCAUCCUUCGCCCUGGUGACAAGAUUCCGGCGGACGGCAUGAUGGUCCGCGGAGAGACCUACGUUGACGAGAGCAUGGUGACUGGCGAGGCCAUGCCUGUCAACAAGAAGAAGGGCAGCUAUCUGAUCGGCGGUACCGUCAACGGCCAUGGACGUGUGGACUUCCGAGUCACCAGAGCCGGCCGCGACACGCAGCUCAGCCAGAUUGUCAAGCUCGUCCAGGAUGCCCAGACCACUCGUGCUCCCAUUCAGCGACUCGCUGACACGAUUGCUGGCUACUUCGUACCAAUCAUUCUUAUGCUCGGUUUCCUUACGUUCCUUGUUUGGAUGAUCCUUAGCCAUGCGCUCAAGAACCCGCCCAAGAUCUUUACUCAGGAAGCUAGUGGCGGUAAGAUCAUGGUGUGCGUCAAGCUCUGCAUCUCUGUCAUUGUCUUUGCCUGCCCCUGUGCUCUCGGCUUGGCCACUCCUACCGCCGUCAUGGUUGGCACCGGUAUCGGUGCUGAGAAUGGCAUCCUCGUCAAGGGUGGUGCCGCUCUGGAGACGACGACUAGAAUCACCCAGAUUGUUCUGGACAAGACUGGCACAAUCACCUACGGCAAGAUGAGCGUAGCCAAGAUGAGUCUCAUCUCAUCCUGGCAAGACAAUGAGUGGCGCCGCCGACUCUGGUGGCAUAUCGUCGGCCUCGCUGAGAUGGGCAGUGAACAUCCUGUUGGAAGGGCUGUUCUCAAUGCCGCAAAGACUGAGCUCGGUUUGGACGAGGAGGCCACCGUCGACGGCAGCGUUGGCGAAUUCAAGGCUGCUGUAGGAAAAGGUAUCAACGCCCUCGUCGAACCCGCCGUCAGCAACGAACGCACCCGCUACCGCGUCCUCCUCGGCAACGUCCGUUUCCUCCGCGAGAACAACGUCAACGUCCCAGCCGAGGCUGUAGAGGCGUCUGAGCAGCUCAACGCCAAGGCCAACUCCAGCUCCAAGAACACCUCUGCCGGCACCACCAACAUCUUUGUUGCCAUUGACGGCGAGUACACCGGUCACCUCUGCCUCGCCGAUACAAUCAAGGAGGGUGCGGCUGCUGCCAUUGCUGUCCUCCACCGAAUGAAGAUUAAGACCGCAAUCGUCACUGGCGACCAGCGUUCUACUGCCGUUGCCGUCGCCGCGGCCGUCGGCAUUUCCCCCGACAACGUAUUCGCUGGUGUCUCUCCUGACCAGAAGCAGGCCAUUGUCCAGCAGCUCCAGGAUCAGGGCGAAGUCGUCGGCAUGGUCGGCGACGGUAUCAACGACUCCCCCGCCCUCGCAACCGCUGACGUCGGUAUUGCCAUGGCCAGCGGCACAGAUGUCGCCAUGGAGGCGGCCGACGUCGUCCUCAUGCGUCCCACCGACUUGAUGGACAUUCCCGCCGCCCUCCACCUCGCCCGCUCCAUCUUCAACCGUAUUAAGCUCAACCUCGCCUGGGCCUGCUUGUACAACGCCAUUGGCCUCCCCUUCGCCAUGGGCGUCUUCCUGCCCUUUGGCUUCCACCUCCACCCGAUGGCCGCCGGCGCCGCCAUGGCCUGCAGCAGUGUCAGCGUCGUCGUCAGCAGUCUUCUGCUCAAGUUCUGGACGCGCCCAAGCUACAUGGUCGACCCCUCGGCCCAGACCAAGCGACGCGGAUUCGGCAUCCUCAGUAGAGUCAAGUAUGUCGUUCGCAGACUCAGGGGCAAGCGGACGCAGGAUCAGGGCUACGUCCCGCUGGCCAACAUGGUUGAUCGGGAUGAGUAA